AGAAGAAGAAGAAGAAGAUGGGGAUAAUAAGGAGCAGCUUCACAUUCCUGACGGGAACAGUGUGCGGGAUCUACAUCGCUCAGAACUACAACGUUCCUAACAUCAAGACCCUUGGUCGCUGCGCUGCUUCCACCGCUAAGCAACUCGAGGAGAAAUAUCGUAAACCUCCCAAGACCAAAGACGAUGUCUAACAGAUUCCACUUGCGCGAUAUCGUUCUUGUUAAUUUUUUUUUUUUUCUUUUGACGGUUUUGUGUGUGGGAUUAGAAAUCCAGAUAUAUUCGACAAUCAAUUAAGAAAAACAAAUUAAAAUUAUUUUUUCUUAGAUUGCUUUUCUUUUUUUUUUUUUGUAAUUUGGUUUUCAAGAUUUUGAUCUGGUUCAGUACAGCUAGAGAACAAAGGUUAUGUUAAUGUCAUACAAACUUUAGAAGCUUAGACUUUUGAUCAAUGUGAUGAUAUCAUUGCAGGUAUCUUUGUACUAACUUCAUAACCAUAUGUGAUGUUCUGUUUUGCCUCAUUUCUUCUCUAAGGCUAUGAUUGCUAUUGA